GUUCCGAGCGAUCGCGCAGGGACGGUCGUGAUGGUCCCCGCGGGACAUGAGUGAAGAGAAACAGCACUCAGAUUGUUCCAUGAUCUUUGAAGACCCCAGAAAAGCUGUGUUGACCAAAAGCAAGACAAAUGACUCGCAGAGAAAAAAGAUGGUGGAGCCGAGGGCAAUUAAAGCUGUCUCGGGUUCUGAACGGAUGGUAAAUGAGCUGGCCCACUAAAGGACAUGAUUCAGACUGUCCCGGACCCAGCAGCUCAUAUCAAGGAAGCGCUAUCCGUCGUGAGCGAGGACCAGUCGUUGUUUGAGUGCGCCUACGGGACGCCGCACCUACCUAAGACGGACAUGACCGCGUCCUCCUCCAGCGACUAUGGACAGACAUCCAAGAUGAGCCCACGCGUCCCUCAGCAGGACUGGCUGUCUCAACCUCCAGCCAGGGUCACCAUCAAGAUGGAAUGUAACCCUAACCAGGUGAACGGCUCAAGGAACUCGCCCGAUGAAUGCAGCAUGGCAAAAGGCGGGAAGAUGGUGGGCAGCCCAGACACUGUCGGGAUGAAUUAUGGCAGCUACAUGGAGGAGAAGCACAUGCCACCCCCAAACAUGACCACAAAUGAGCGCAGAGUUAUCGUCCCAGCAGAUCCUACCCUAUGGAGCACGGACCAUGUCCGGCAGUGGCUGGAGUGGGCAGUGAAAGAAUACGGCCUUCCAGACGUCGACAUCUUAUUAUUCCAGAAUAUUGAUGGGAAGGAACUGUGCAAGAUGACCAAAGACGACUUUCAGAGGCUCACCCCAAGCUACAAUGCUGACAUCCUUCUCUCGCAUCUCCACUACCUCAGAGAGACUCCUCUUCCACAUUUGACUUCAGAUGAUGUUGAUAAAGCCUUACAAAACUCUCCACGGUUAAUGCAUGCUAGAAACACAGGGGGUGCGGCUUUUAUUUUCCCAAAUACUUCAGUAUAUCCUGAAGCUACGCAAAGAAUUACAACUAGGCCAGAUUUACCUUAUGAACCACCCAGGAGAUCAGCCUGGACCGGUCAUGGCCACCCCACCCCCCAGUCAAAAGCUGCUCAGCCAUCUCCUUCCACAGUGCCCAAAACUGAAGACCAGCGUCCUCAGUUAGAUCCUUACCAGAUUCUUGGACCAACAAGUAGCCGCCUUGCAAAUCCAGGGAGUGGACAGAUCCAGCUCUGGCAGUUUCUCCUGGAGCUCCUGUCAGACAGCUCCAACUCCAACUGUAUCACCUGGGAAGGCACCAAUGGGGAAUUCAAGAUGACGGAUCCGGAUGAGGUCGCCCGGCGCUGGGGAGAACGGAAAAGCAAACCCAAUAUGAACUACGAUAAACUCAGCCGUGCCCUCCGUUACUACUAUGACAAAAAUAUCAUGACCAAAGUCCAUGGGAAGCGCUACGCCUACAAGUUCGACUUCCAUGGAAUCGCCCAGGCCCUCCAGCCCCACCCUCCAGAAUCAUCUCUCUACAAGUACCCCUCGGACCUCCCCUACAUGGGCUCUUAUCACGCCCACCCACAGAAGAUGAACUUUGUGGCCCCCCACCCUCCGGCCCUACCCGUGACGUCGUCCAGUUUUUUUGCUGCCCCGAAUCCAUACUGGAAUUCGCCAACUGGAGGGAUCUACCCCAACACUAGGCUUCCAGCCAGCCAUAUGCCUUCUCAUCUGGGCACUUACUACUAAAGACCUGGGAGAGGCCUUUGCCAACAACACAUGAUCACCAAUAGCUUGCCACAAACUCUGUUGGAGAACACGACUCCAAAGUGCCUCAAGAGGAAUGAAAAUGCUUGACGGGGGCUGGGGAAGGAAGCCAGGGAAGAGAUCCAAAGACUCUUAGCGGGAGGGAAUUACUAAAAUAGUGCUACAAAAAUAAAGAGGACGCUGAAAAUGUAAUGUAUAUGGACAUACAAUCUGUGGACCAACCUUGUAAAAGACAUUGUAAGUAGAAGCAUGACGUCAUGAGGACAAAGUGCCAAAGAAAGUGUUCUUAAGAAGCGUAUAAACUUUAGAGUAGAGUUUGGGAUCCUGCUAAUGCCAACUGGGAUUAAACUAAACCCAUAGAGAUAACACAGUCUUGACCUAACAUCCCAUGUAUAAUGUCAUUUUAAGGAAAACUACCUGUAUUUAAAAAUAGAAACAUAUCAAAAACAAAAACAGAAAAGAAGAGAGACUGUGGCCCAUCAGCAGACAUUGACAUGGAACUCAUCGACACUCGCUGUUUUGGGUGAAAACAGAUUCCUUCCAUUUGAUGGACAGCCAGCAGCUCUUUCAAACUGUGAAGACAACCCAAAGUUUCCAACUCCUUUAUACUAUUACAGGAACUGUGAGCUGAACGGUGGACUGAGAAUGUGUGCGGAGGGAGCGUGGUUGUGGACAGAGGGCUGGAGGAGGUGGUAGAGAUGAAAGCAGAGGAGGAGGAGGCAAGGACUGGGAAAGAAGCUUCCCAAACAGUCAAGACCGGACUUAGGACAGUAUUGGGACUGUGGAGGAUGAGUCAUGGAGACUUGAGGUUGAAGGUGGUCAGUGUUAUACCAACCCAGUGUUAGGAGGAAGGACACAGCGUUAGGGAGGAAGGGGAAGUCAUGGGAUUCAGAAACAAAAAUAUGCAUCUCUUUUUUUGUUUGUCAAAAGAAAAUUUUAACUGGAAUUGUCUAAUAUUUAAAAGAAACGUUCAGGACCUCAUCAUUCUUUGGGGGCUCUGUUCUCCACAGGGUCAGGUAAGAGAUGGCCUUCUUGGCCACCACCAUCCGAAAUCUAGGCAAUUGGGUUAGGCGGGCUCCAGUUUUCCUUUCGAGUCGCGAACGCUGUGCGUUUGUCAGAAUGAAGUAUUCGAGUCAACAUUUUUUUUUCCUUUUUAUAUAAUAAUUAUAUAACUUAUGCAUUUAUACACUACGAGUUGAUCUCGGCCAGCCAAAGAUACACGACAAAAGAGACAAUCAAUGAUAUAAUGUGGCCUUGAAUUUUAACUCUGUAUGCUUAAUGUUUACAAUAUGAAGUUAUUAGUUCUUAGAAUGCAGAAUGUAUGUAAUAAAAUAAGCUUGGCCUAGCAUGGCAAAUCAGAUUUACACAGGAGUCUGCAUUUGCACCUUUUUAAAGUUGCCUAAUAGAAACUUGUGCUGAAUGUUGUGGGUUUUGUGUUAUAUUUUAUGUUGUCCAGGAACUUGUGCAAGUGAGAGCCAAGCAAAUAGGAUGUUUGGCACCCAAACAAUGUCGGCCUCUCAAGGUCCUUCUUGCCCACUCUCUCGUAUUCCUAGCCCCUUCUGGAGCAGAAGGACCAAAGGUUUCACAUUGGAGUCGCCAUAUUUAUGCGCAGAAUGGAAAGAGGCCUCUACAGCUGAGGUUGUCAAUGAGAAAUUCCAGAUCGGCACCCAGUGACCCUUAAUUCCUGUUAUGAUCAUAAAACGUUUGUUGACUGAUGAACAAGCUAUUGCUCUCAAUGCAAAUUGUAUUAUUGUUGGUAAAUAAAGCAUCAUGGAUAGCUGCAAGCUCUCACUUUAAAGAGACAAGGGACAGCUUCUAAAUUUGCCACUUGGCUUGUCUUUCAGAGGUUCUCACCAGGUAGACUGUGACCUUAGCCUUCCCACACCAGGAUAAUCUGGGUGCCAUGCUUUGGGAUUCACCAGCCCUGAGCCUGACAUACCACCAGACACUGUUUGUUUCUCUGAUCUAAAGUCAAUUCCCCUUGACACCUUUCUCUCCUGUGUGUCACAAAUGGUGCCAACCUCGGCCAAGGUAAAGUAGUUCGAGAGGGGGAAUACAGGCAGAGUGAAGAGGGAGCAAGCCCGAGCAACUUCUUAGCCUGAGGCGGUUUCUGAAUUGGCCCAUUUCGUAGCUGUUUUGGGGCUUGUUUUGCACUUUGUAAUCCUUUUGCUAUGAUUAAAUGAAGUUGCCAAACCUCUGUGCUAUGGAUAUUUUGGCAGCUGUCUUCAAAGUCCGUAGGAUCCGAUUACCACAGCUUCAGACGCUCUGCAUUACUUGAAUUAUAAGAAGUCCAACCAUCAAUCAUUUUGCAGGGGUGGGGAAGGCCCACAAAGUGCCUGCAUCUCCUUAGGGAAAAAAAAUACAUAAAUAAAAGCAAAAAAGCUGGCAGCUAGGGUGACCCAAACUGUUCUAAUGGAAAAGCGCAGUCGUUUUUACUGUGGCAUGCAAAGUCAAGGCUCACCUAUGAUCUGCAUAGCAAUACUAAUUUACUGGGAUAAGCACUCAAUUCCACUCUUUCAAGGUUGUAUCAUGAGCAAAAUCGUAAAAACAAGACGUGAUUAUCAUAUUCAGUUUUAACAGAUGUUUUCAGUUAAGUUCCCCCCCAUCCAGAUUAUUAGCAGACUUUAUGACAAGCAUGAGCAACUGGGAUCAUUUUGGAUAACAUGAUGAUGCUGAGUUCUCCCAAAUAAAUAAUUCUCAAAUUA